AUCACCUGACCUGCCUCGUUUCCUCGAUUGUCUUGUCUUCUGUUAUCAGCCUCUGCAAAUGGUUCUGGGAUGGCGAAGAAGAAAGAACGGCCGUCGCAACGACAAACUUCAGCUCGAGGUCGUCGUUCCCAACCACUUCCGGUGCCCGAUUUCCCUCGAUUUGAUGAAAGAUCCUGUCACAUUGUCCACCGGCGUCACCUACGAUCGUGAUAACAUCGAAAGGUGGUUCCUUGAAGGCAAUUUCACUUGCCCCGUUACCAACCAGGUCCUCAGGAGCUUCGAUCUCAUUCCCAAUCACACUCUUCGCAUAAUGAUUCAGGAAUGGUGUGUUGAAAAUCGACAACAUGGGGUCGAGAGAAUCCCUACUCCCAGAAUUCCCAUUUCCCCCGUCCAAGUCGAAGAGCUUCUUCUUCUUGUGAAAUCGUCGGCGAGGCGUUUGGAUCAGUACGGGUGUCUCAACUUGGUUCAGAAAAUGGAGAAAUGGGGUGAAGAGAGCGAAAGGAAUAAGAAGUGUAUAGUUGAGAAUGGAGCCACUGCUGCUCUGGCCUCUGCUUUUGACGCGUUCGCGAAUGAUUCGAUUGAGAAGAAUCUGAGUGUUUUGGAAGAGAUUUUGUCUGCUCUGAAUUGGAUGUUCCCACUUCAAAUGGAAGCCCAGAAAUCGUUGGGGUCACAAGCUUCGUUAGGUUGCAUGGUGUGGUUUCUGAAACAUCAAGAUCUGGCAGGGAAAGAGAAGUCCAUUGUUGCUCUCAGGGAGCUUCUCUCUUUUGGAAACGAAGACCAUUUGAACGUUCUGGCAGAAAUUGAAGGAGUCAACGAACUAUUGGUGGAAUUCAUUACAAAAAGACUGAGUCCAACAAUCACAAAAGCUUCAUUAGCUGUAGUUUUCUAUAUGGUCUCAUCAUCCUCUUCCUCAAGCAACAAAAUGAAACAGAGAUUCAUCCAACUGGGUUUGGUCUCUUCUUUACUGGACAUUCUCCUGGACUCAGAAAGAAGCCUCUGUGAGAAGGCUUUGGCAAUUUUCGAUUCACUCUGCUCUUGCGAGGAAGGCAGAGAAAAAGCUUACAAUAACGCCUUGACGAUCCCUGUGUUGGUGAAGAAGAUACUGAGAGUUUCAGCAAUGGCUACAGAUUCCUCUGUUUCUGCAAUAUGGAGGCUGUGCAAGAAUGGAGCAGAGAAAGAAGAAGAAGAAGAAGAAGGAAAAAGCGUUCCGAUUGAAGCACUGCAAGUCGGUGCGUUUCAGAAGCUUUUGUUAGUUUUGCAGAUUGGAUGUGGCGAUGAAACGAAGGUGAAAGCAACUGAGCUUCUCAAACUCCUGAAUCGAUAUGGCUCAGGCGUGGAUUGUGUAGACUCAGAUUUCAAGAACCUAAAGAGAUCACAUUAGUUAAGAUUGUUAAAAUCAUUCUUUUUUCAAAAUGUGUUUUGAUUUACAGGUUUUAAUUAGCCUUAUUGUGUGUAAUUAGUAAAAUUUUGUUGCCAAGACAUCACAAGUUGACAGGGUAGAUAUAAUUAAGAUUGGAUUCUUUUUGUAAAUAUCAAUAAGAUGAUAAGAGUAAUAGCAGAAUGAUUUGUUUCUGUAA